AGUACCACGGCGUCGUCGUCAUCUACAAAGCCAUCAACCAGCACCCUUCCUUAUCCUUUCGGGUCUACGUGACUGCGAAUGACAACUCCAAUCUAAAGGAUAUCUCAAAAGACGUAAAAAAAUCACCUAAGAAAUUCAUUAAAAUUGACAAGCCCCCUGCAUGCCAAAAAUUUCUUCAGGACGGCAAGAGGUAUAGACUAGUUUGUGAGCCAGAAGCUGAAAUAAACCCGGCGGAUAUUGAGUUUUGCAACGAAUCUUCCUUGACGCUAAAAAAUUACAUCGAAGUCUAUUUGGAGAAACCUGAGGACUUCACCUUGUCUUUGGUUGAGCUGGAGUCUGACGCGGCCGUGUGGAAAGCAAAACUCAGAGAGAGUGACUGGAUACAUUACGACCAGAACAAGAACGAGCAGAAGGGGAGGGCAGGCGGCGUCAAGAAGCGGAAACCAGCCACCAGUAUUUUGGAGGAGGACGAGGUCCAUAACAAAAAGCAAAAGACUGGCAAUACUACAGGCGGAAUCGAAACAAAAAUCUUAACUGACGAACAGCUGCUGAGGAUUGCGGUUUUGUUCGGUAAAGAGUGGAGGAAGAUUGCCAUCGGAUGCCUUCAGAUGAAAAUGAAAGACAUCGAGCAGAUUCAGGCAACGGAGAACGAGGUUAAUUUUCAAAAAUUGAGGGUGUUAAUCAAGUGGAGAGACAGGGAAGAAAGCAACGGGACCGCAGAAGCUCUGUACAGGUGUCUCCGGGAAGAAGCGUCCUACGAGAUACUGCAAGCCCUCCGAGGUAUCACCCUCCCGUUACGUUUAUUUAAUGACAUCAGUGUGUCUCAGCUGUAUUUUAAGAAUUCUUAUCAGAGAGUUUACCAGAUUAGCUGGUUUCCUGCCCCAGCCCUGAGCCGCAGCGAGGAGACGCUUCCCUGGGAUCUGUCUGGCCGUCGGGAAGGCAGGCUCAAGCCUCAUCACUCGGCCGAGAGCUUAGGCAGGACCUUCGCAAGAAAUGUGAAUGAAAUUUUUGCGCGGAUCUGA